CUCAGGUGAGAAGGUUGGGCAGGGUCAGCCUAGCUGACUUAACCAUCCCAGUGGGCGGUGAGAUGCUGGAAGGAUUGGGUAGGGGGCAGAGUAAGUAAGCCUCGGGAUGGCUGGGGAGGGGAGCACAGCUCGGUUCCGGCACAGAGUUGGAACAAGCUUCUCGGACCCCACCCCUGGCUCUACGAUGUGUGACUGGACUCACGUUUCUACUGGGUCUCCUAUUGUGCCAUCUGCCCAUAUCAUACUUGGAAGAGGAGGUAUUCCUCCCUAAAAGCAGAGUUGGAGACCUUAUCACAAUUUUUAUUUAUUAAAAAAUAAGCCGAUGGAAUUAAAAACAAAAUAAAUCUUACCCAAAUUCGUUUGUGGAUUUGGAAAUAUUUCUGAGAUUCAUUUCAAUUCAAGUAAUAUUAAGCAUCUCUCAUGGGCAAAGCACUCUUCCAGGUUCUGGGGAUACAGAUAAAUAAACAACCUUGCCCUUGAACUGGGAAUCCAAUAUUGGGAUAUUAAGAAAUAACUUCAAGAAUAAGCUAAAUGAUAUUUAAGUGCAUAAGAGAAGUGGAAUCUGUGAAAUUAAAGGAGUUAGUUAGGAAAUAGAUAUCCAGGAAGUCUUCAUGAAGGAGGUAGUACCUAGGCUUGUCCUGGGGAAAACACACACAGUACCUGAGCAGAGAAAUUGGGGUGCAAAUGAAGCUUAAGAUGCUACUGAUCUGUUGAGAGGUUACACCUCGAAGUGCAUUUGGUAUAGGAGGAUGGGCCUUGAAAGAAAGAACACCUGAUUGAUGGUUAGCCAAUUAAACAUUUAAAAAUAGGAACUCAUAAAGACUAGAUGAAAGCAGACUGAAUGCUCAGCACAGCUAUGGUUUAGGGAAAUUAUGUGAAAACUGAAGUGUAAGAAUGAAAGUGGCUUGUGAGGACAGUAGUUUUUAUCUGAAACAGAGGGAUUGAACCUUGGGCCCACACAGAAAAUGCUUGCUUUUUCAUGAACUGAGGCACCUAUCACAAAUAGCUGUCAGGGAUUGGAUGGAAGUAGAAAUAAAGAAGUAUGCUUAUAAUAACUUGCAUGCAUAUAGUAGCACUUUAUGUUUUGCAGAGCACAAUGGAUACACUAUCACAUUUGAUCUUAUAACUUCCCUGUGAGGUAGAUAUGACUUGGGUUUCCAUCUACAUUUUAUAGAUGAGGAAACAGGCUUAUAAAGGCUGACUCCAGGUCUAGCAUUCUUUCUACUAUACUGAUCUGGCAUUAUAUAGAUGUAUUUCACUAUAUCUGUUCCUUAUUAAAUUAAAAGUUUUUGUAGGGGCAAGGACCAGGUAUAGGUUAUUUGUCUCCUCCAGUAGCUAACACUUAACCAUUCUACUCCCAUAAUCAGAGCUAUGAUCCACUAUCAGUUCUACUUAUUUCUAAGCAUAAAUUAAAUGGGAUUAUAAGGGUCUAAUACACUGAGGGAGUCACUCAGCUAGUGUCAGAGGCAGGAUUGGGAUCACUGUUUCUACCACUUCCAGGCCCAGCACUCUAACACAACAAUGACUAUAUGCAUAUUUUAUAAAUUAUAAAUUGCUUAAUGGCUGGGGCCAUGAAUAUCUAGCCUGACGAAUUACACUUUAGUAUUUAGAUUAAUCUGUGAUUCUCUGACUAUUGGUUCUUUGACUUUCUAGAUAAAUUCUGGGGAGUAACUUUGAGAGUAAGGGAAUUGCCUAAGGUCUCACAGCUGGUAGGUAUUAGAGGCCAAAUUUGAAACCUCUUCCAGACACUGAAUUUGAUGUGCUCUUCAUUACCCCACCACCACUUGGGUUUAAAUCUUUCUUUGCAUGUGUUUGAAAGAUAAACCCUUAGGUAUUCUUUGGAAGUGUAAAUCAAACAUUUAUUGGACAUUUUCUGUGGUAAUGGAAUCCAGCUGGAGAAUCUUCUUUUUGACUGUUGUUCUAAGGGUUGGGGAGGGAGUGACAAUUUCUUACAACCUCCUUGGGACUCUGGGCCCCGUUAAAGGCCAUGGGAUAAAAGAGAUAAACAGAAAGACUGUUACUAUGCCUCCUUAGCCUCAUUUGUCCUUUCCUAUAAUAUAAGCCUGUGUUUCAGUGUCAAGAAUGCUGGACUUGGUGUCAGGAGGGUCUUGGGUCCAAAUUCUGCCAUCUCUACUAACUAAACCAUAUACAUACAAGUUAUUAAUGUCCAGACAUUCAAUUUACCUAGCUGAGCAGCAAAAUGGGGGUAGUACCUUUUGGCUUCUCUAAUGUGAGAAUCAAGUGAUUAUAUGUAUACAUAUCUUCAAUAAAAUACAUAAUUCUUGUAAAACACUUUGCAAACUUCAAAAUAUUAUAUAUAGUCAGCUAUUAUUUACUUUCCCCAAAUCAAACUAUGUGUACAUUUCUAAGAUGCCAGGCCAACAGGGCAUUUGCAGUUUGGGGACUACUCACUUUUUUUUAUCACUAGUUCCCCUCUGCUAAGAAGUUCAGCAAGUUCAGACUGCCCCUAGAGAAUAUCUGGCAAACACUAAAUUGUCCUCAGAUGGAAUAGUGUUCUCUUUCCCCACAGCUCAGUUUCCCUAGUGCUAAUUCGUGGGUUGGGCCUUACUCCUUAAUCCUCUGGGGAAAGGACACAGCAUCCCAACCCUAGUCACCCAGGCUGCUAGCUCUUCUCUUCCUUUGUCUCUGGAUCACGCCUCUGUCUUGCUCCUUUCUCUAGUUAACCCCUCUUGGGCCAAUUGUGGCUUUCUUAGUUAUCCCCCCUCUCAACCCCCCCACCCCCCAUUCCUUUCCCUCUUCCUCUCCUGCCCCGCCUCUCUGCUCUGGACGCAUCUCUGAGCCCCAUCAUCACCAAGCGCCAGGCACUCCCUCUCUCCCUCCCUCUUCUUUUCUCCUCCCUCCUUUCCUCCCUCCCACCUCCUGCACCAGGAAACUGCCUAGAGCCUGGGGAGCGGCCUGACCCGGCUCCAUAGCUGGGAGGAUGAAAGGCCUCAGCUGGGGGCUCCCUGCCACCAGCGCUGUGUCCUAGGAGCUGCUGCCCAGGCUUGCCACCCAGAUGGCGACUCCAGCCUCAGCCCCAGAUACUCGAGCCCUGGUGGCAGAUUUUGUGGGUUACAAGCUGAGGCAGAAGGGCUAUGCCUGUGGAACUGGCCCAGGAGAGGGCCCUACAACAGAGCCCUUGCACCGGGCCAUGCGUGCUGCUGGAGACGAGUUUGAGUCCCGCUUUCGACGCACAUUUUCUGAUCUGGCCGCUCAGUUGCAUGUGACUCCUGGCUCGGCUCAGCAGCGCUUUACCCAGGUCUCAGAUGAGCUCUUCCAAGGGGGGCCCAACUGGGGCCGUCUUGUGGCAUUCUUCGUCUUUGGGGCAGCGCUCUGUGCAGAGAGUGUCAACAAAGAGAUGGAGCCACUGGUGGGACAGGUGCAGGACUGGAUGGUGACCUACCUAGAGACACAGCUGGCAGACUGGAUCCACAGCAGUGGGGGCUGGGCGGAAUUCACGGCUCUGUACGGGGAUGGGGCCCUGGAGGAGGCAAGGCGUCUGCGGGAGGGGAACUGGGCCUCAGUGCGAACAGUGCUAACAGGGGCUGUAGCACUGGGGGCUCUGGUGACUGUGGGGGCCUUCUUUGCCAGCAAGUGAGAACUCAGCCCAGUGUUGGGUCUAGAGUGGCUGUGGGAAGGAGAGAGUAGGAUAGAAUGGAGAGAACCCCUUGGGAGAGGUGGGAUGGAUGAAUGGGGGAUAGGGAUAAAAGGGGAUGGAAUGGGGGAGGUGGGGAGGGAUAGGGGAGGGAACAAGUGAACUCUGUAUGUCAGGCAGGAGUUUGGAAUGUUGAGCCAAGGAAAUUUGGAAGACACAUCUGGAAAGUCAAUGUAUGUGUGUAUAAGACAGGGAGAGUCACACCAGGGUUGGGGCCUGGGUUGGGUGGGUUUUAGAGAGCAAUAUCCAUAAAUUGAGCAGUACUGAGAGAUCCCCCCCUAGGAAAUUGGGGAUUUGUAAUCCUAGGGGGUGGUAGACUUAUCCAGGGAAUAUAGUAAAACUACAAGAGGUGAAGUCUUCAUUGGAUAGGUAAGAUUUUGGGAGAAGUUUGUAGGCUCUUUGGAAUGGCUGUGGGUACCCUGGGGUUCUCAAUUUGUAGUGAGAAGUGAGUGUUACAAGUGGGGUGCUUGGUUGUGUGUGUAUGUGUGCACUUGUGAGCUUUGUGUACCUGGUGUGGUGAUGGAAUUCUUCCUCAAGGAAAAAUAACUUUCCCUAGCAAUGAACAGGAGGAGUCAUCUCCCCCUGGGUUGCCCUAGUGCUGGGGGUUGGGAGUAGGGACACUAUAUCUAGACUGAGAAUUUUGAGGCUGUUCUACAGAAAGUAGUAAGCAAAGUUUGGGGGAGAGGGCUGUGUGUACUAGUUGAGAUGGCUCAGUUUUGUAGUUGUCCUCAUUUCCCUCACUGGCCCCUUCCCCAUGCCUUUAGUACUUGCUGCUGCCCCUUCUAGGGCUCUGGACAAAGCAGAGCUAAGGAGCUUUGGGAAGGAAGGACACUAUUUACCAUCUGUCCCCCUUUUCCCACUGGGGCGCAGUGGUGCCUGGAAAGGUUCCCUAUCUCUGGGACCUCUCUACCCAAAUUUAAACACUAAAUUAGGGCUGAAAUUUCCCUUUUGAAAGUGUGAACACAAAAUGCUGAUCUAGAACAUAGCUCUGUGUACUAAACACUAAGCCUCAGUGAAACUGAGUCUUUUUGCCUUGAGAGGGACAUUCCCAGCUCUGAACUCAGGGGUGGGGGUAGGGUAUACUCUAGAAGCCAACCCAUUCCAUGUGGUGGGCAUUGCUGCUGCUAGAUCAAAGGCCAGGUGUAUGGGUUCUAGGGUGCAUACCAUGAUCUAGAAACAUUUAUGUAUGCUUUGAAGCCGGGCUGGUUGCAUGGGUGUUAACUGUCUGCAUCUCUUAGUGUGAGAAUGCUGGAUUUCUAUAACCCACAAAUGGAUCCAGAAAUAACUUUUUUUAAAGGAAGGAGCUCUUCCCUUCCUCUGGAUGCAUGGCCCUGUGCCAGACCUUGCUGCUGCACUUUCCAAGGUGCUAAAAUUGCUGCUCUUAAAUGCUGACUCCAGACAUGCUGUGCUCUAGAACCCUGCCUGUGAUCCAGAGCACUGACUUGCUCAUCUAGAACACAGUUGGCUCUUCUGGGUAGAGACUUUUACUUGGUCCCAGAAUGUGGCAACUUAGUUGCGCUGCUCUAGAAUGUGGGACCAAUCUUGGCCUCAGGUGUUUAAUCCAAACUUUUGCUUUUGAAAGCUGUGUUCCUUAGAGGAAUUUGUAGGGGAGGUAACAGACAUCCUGCUGAGACUGUACUGGGUGAGAUGGUAUUAUGAGCCAGAAAGCACUGAGUCAGUCUUAGUUGGUGAGUUCAGAGAGACAGAUAGUUAACACUGACUUAACAGUGACAAACCCAGACCAGCUAACAGCUCACAAUUGGAGGUUGUGCUCCUCUACCCUUAAGACGCAGCUCUUUCCCCCACCCUCUGCCACAGACUCCUAACCUGUGGCUCCUGUUAGCUCCCUUCUGGGGUCUUUAAUAACAGGGGCUUCAGGAACCAUGGUCAGAAGGACAAAAAAAUGAACUGCUAUGAGGCUCCUACUCCUGAGUGGAGGCAGGGGUCAUUUGUUUAAAGGAGAGGAUGCUCAGACUUGGUCUCUGGAAGCAUGGCUGCAUGGGACCACAGUGGGCAGUUUUGGCCAGACACUCCUUCUGGGGGCGGUGGAAGCCCCUAAGAUCUUUCCUUCAGAAAACCAGGGACUUUUCUAUCUGGGGCUUUUCAGUUCCUGGGGGUUGUCUCUUAGCCAAGCAGGCUGAGUGUGACUCCCUGUUUUUAAGUCCAUUUCAUUAAAAUUAGGGGGAAACACAUUUAAUUGCCAUUUCCUAAAGGAUAAACUUGGUGGAGAGGCUGGAGGGGAGUGUUUCUUGCUCCCAAGAGCCCAUAGGGGCAGGUGGGAGGCUUUGCUUAGGCCAUGGGAGGAGUAGAGGUGGGGCAGCUAGGUCCUGAGAGUGCUUAUCCCACUCCCCACUUCUGCCAGGACAUACAUUAUUUUUCUUUUUCAAGUCAGAAAACAAUGCGAGAACGGAUUUGGUUAGUUUAGAAGAAAAGAAAAAAUCUCUAUAAAUAUAAAUAUAUAUUCAUGUAUUUUUAUUUAAUAAUUUAUAAAUACUGGGUUCAUUUGACUUUUAUUUUUGUGUAAUAUGUAAUGGUCGUAUUAAAAAAUAAAAUCCAGAAGUUUAAUGAGGACUGAA